GAUAUGGGACACAACCCAUCCCCUGUGCUCUAGACUGCAAAUUACAUAAAUACAGUCGUGUUCAUGACCUUUCUGGAAUUCUCACCCCGGAACCUCUGGUUGUUCUGUUUGCAGAGGAGCCUGGUUUGCAGAUGUCUCACUACCCACCUCCUGAGCAUCCAGCUUUAGCCCCCAUGGAGACCACAGCCUGUAAUGGAUCAGGAGAUGACUCACCUGUCUUCUACCUGGCAGGCAUCCCCUCUCUGCCGGAGCACCUCUUCCUUCCCAUCUUCUUUAUCUUCCUCCUCCUCUACCUGCUCAUCCUGCUGGGUAAUGCCCUGAUCCUGGGGGCUGUGCUGGCAGAGCCUAGCCUCCACAAGCCCAUGUACUUCUUCCUCAUCAACCUCUCAGCCCUGGACAUCCUUUUCACCACGACCACCGUCCCCAAGAUGCUGUCUCUAUUCCUGUUUGGGGACCACUUCCUCAGCUUUCCUUCCUGCCUGUUCCUGCAGAUGUACCUCUUCCAUAGCUUCUCCUGUUCAGAAGCCUUCAUCCUGGUGGUCAUGGCCUAUGACCGCUAUGUGGCUAUCUGCCGCCCACUGCACUACCCUGUCCACAUGACCCCACAGACCAAUGCUGCACUGGCAGCCAGCGCCUGGCUCACUGCCUUCCUCCUGCCCGUCCCAGCAGUAGUAAAGACCUCCCAGAUGGCAUACAACAGCAUUGCCUACAUCCACCACUGCUUCUGUGACCACCUGUCUCUGGUCCAGUCCUCCUGCUCCGACACCACCUCCCAGACCCUCAUGGGCUUCUGCAUCGCCAUGGUGGUGUCCUCCCUGCCCCUCCUGCUGGUGCUUCUCUCCUACGCCCACAUCCUGGCCUCGGUGCUUCGCAUCAAGUCUCGAGAAGGCCGCUCAAAAGCCUUUUCCACCUGCAGUUCCCACCUCCUGGUGGUGGGCACCUACUACUCAUCCAUCGCCGUAGCCUACGUGGCCUACAGGGCUGACCUGCCCCUCGACUUCCACAUCACGGGCAAUGUUGUGUAUGCCAUUCUCACUCCUGUUCUCAACCCCCUCAUCUACACACUGAGGAACAAGGAUGUCAAGGCAGCCAUCACCAAAAUGACCUGUCCCUAGGCACCAAAGAAUGGUAGGAAACCCUGAUUUAAAAAGGUAACUAGAUCUUUUCUCAUGGAAAACUACAAAAUCUAAGCAGCAAGGUAGCUAGAACAAUAACUCCCAAAAUAUACUCCCAGGUAUUCCUCUAUUAUAAUCAAACUAUGACUUUUGUUUCUUAAUUCACAGACCAAAUGGAUAGCAAUUUCAUAUUCAGCCUUUAAUCUGUGAACCUCAGAUUUCACAAGACUGAAUAAAACUGAAGGCCAUUUUAAAAAAUAUUUAUUUUAUAUAUUUGAAAGACAGAAUGACAGAGAGAGGGAGAGACACAGAGAGAUCUCCAUCUGCUGGUUUACUCCCCAGAUACCCACGA